GAACCAUUUGCAUCAAAACCCUGUUAGCUACUCCCCAUAAACCCUACACUCCACAGUCUUUCUCAAUACCUUACUUCUACACUCCCCAAAUGGCCACUUUUACCAGAGUGAUCCGCCGUACUUUCUCAACUGCUACUACUACCUCAUUAUCUCCAAUCAGAGCCAUCUCCGAUGACUUAUACAAAGAGCGCAACCUCAAAAGACUCGUCGAAAAAUUCAAACAGUAUUCAGAUGUCAACCGUUUCCGCACCAAAAACGGCAUUUACGAGUCUACAGUUCAGCGAUUAGCCUCAGCCAAAAAGUUCAAAUGGAUCGAAGAAAUCCUCGAACACCAAAAGCAAUACAGACCCGACAUUUCCAAAGAGAGUUUCGCUGCAAGGCUCGUUAGUUUGUACGGAAAAUGUGGGUUGUUUGAGAAUGCACAGAAAGUGUUUGAUGAAAUGCCCGACAGAAAUUGUAAGCAAACUUUGAAAUCCGUUAAUGCCCUUUUGGGGGCUUGUCUCAAUUCACAGAAAUACGACAAACUUGAGUCUUUGUUUGAGGAAUUGCCUAAAAAACUUAAGGUGAAGCCCGAUGUAGUCACGUAUAAUAUUAUGAUUAAGGGGUUGUGUGAUAAAGGGGCAUUGGAUAAAGCAGCUGCUUUGAUUGAUGAGAUUGAAAAGAGCGAGUUAAAACCUGAUUUGGUUACAUUUAAUACCAUACUUGGUGCACUUUACUCAACUGGUAAGUUUGACGCUGGCGAAAAAACGUGGAAAUUAAUGGUUAGCAAGAAUGUUAUUCCGGAUAUUAGAAGUUACAAUGCUAAGUUGGUUGGAUUGAUUCAUAAUAACAAUGUCUCGGAGGCGGCCAAGCUUGUUGGCGAAUUCGGAAGUUUUGACUUAAAGCCUGAUGUGUUUACUUAUGGUGCUUUGAUUAGAGGAUAUUGUGAUAAGGGUAACUUGGAGGAGGCUAAAAAGUGGUACUUAGAAUUGGUGAAGAGUGGAUCUUCUCCAAACAAGGUUAUAUUUGGAAGUGUCAUUAUGGCUGCUUGUGAAAAGGGUGAUUUUGAUUGGGCUUUUGAGUUGUGCAAAGAUGUUUUUAAAAAGAAGUGUCAUGUUGAUGCGGAGUUGUUGCAAGGAGUGGUGAACGGAUUGGUGAAAUCGUCAAGGAUUUGGGAAGCUAAGGAGGUUAUGGGUUUGGGCAAGUCAAAUGACUACCAUCUUUAUAAGCUCAAUCUGCCUUCAGAUGACUAAGGGACCAGCAGCUGGUUUCUUAGCAUAUUAGAUGCUGAUUUUGGAACAUCCGAAGUUGGAUAUCUUUUCUUCAAGAAAUUUGCUAGCUCCGGAACAUUGGUGUUGAUGGCAGAGCAAAUGUAUCGUCCCGAAGCUGAUUCUUUCUCAGCAACAAAAAUAUGGGCGCGACAAACAUCCUCCACAUGUGUAAUAGAUAUUGAACCUGAUAACAUCUGCAUACUCUUCAAGUUACUUAUAAGGAAUUCAUUCCCUGUCAAAAAAUUGCAAAUUUAAGGUCAGAUUCUCUGAGCUAUAUUCAUUUGCAUUUUUACUCAGAAAAUUCAAUUAUAUUGCUUAUAUUUUAUUGAGACCUGUGAUCAAGGACAUGGCAAGAUUAACACUG